AUGGUUAGUUUGGAAACCACUCCUGCUCUUCAGCUCCCGGUCAUCGACUUCACAAGUCCAAACCUAAAACCAGGAACUGUAGAAUGGGACUCAGUGAGAGGCGAUGUCCGAAGAGCUUUAGAAGAGUAUGGAUGUUUUAAGGCCUUGUUCGACAAAGUUCCUGUCGAACUUUGAAAGGCGGUUUUUGAUGUUUCUGAGGAGGCUUUUCAGCUACCUGUAGAGAUCAAAAAGAGAGUUGUGUCAAAGAGAAAAUAUAGAGGAUAUGUGGGUCAGAUUCCAUCUUUGCCCCUUUUUGAAGUCAUGGGUGUUGACUUUGCAGAAAAUGAAGAUAAAGUCAAUGAAUUUACUCACAAGCUUUGGCCCCAAGGCAAUGGAAGUUUCAGUGAGGCGGUAAUGUCAUUUGCGAAGAAAGUGUCAGAACUGGACUUCAUGACCAGGAGAAUGAUAAUGGAGUGUUUUGGGGUCAAUGAAAACUACAUUGAGAAACAUUUGAACUCGACCAAAUGUCUUAACGAUGUAAAAGACGGACUAGAAGUGAGAACUAGUGAUGAUAAGCAAUGGAUUAAAGCCAAUCCUUCCCAAGAUUCUUCAUUCAUUGUUCUUGGAGGAGCUACACUACACGUGCUUCUUAAUGGUCGGGUGCUUACUGGUGUUCACCGAGUGAUGAGGAUGGGAACGAACACAAGAUUCUCAGCUGGAUUGUUCUCGGUUCCGAAAACAGAGGAUUUGAUAUAUGCACCAGAGGAAUUGGUUGAUGCUGAGCAUCCUCGCUUGUAUAAGCCAUUUGAUUUUGAAGCAUACUUUCAGUUCACCACUGAGGGGCCCGGAAGGAGAGAUGUAGCUGCACUCGGGGGUUAUUGUGGCCUUUGA